AGCGAGUCGGUCCGAGAGCGACUUUCCGCGAUCUAGCUCCUUUCGUUCGGCGCGGCUAGGUCUCGGCAUUCGUUCUACCUCGAGUACCAAGUGAACCGAUUAAAGAGACCGGGAAAUUCGACCGGAUCGCCGCGAGUGCCGCAACGAGGUGGUCCCGAUAACGCGUAGGCGCAAAACCACCGAAAAAGAAGCGCGACGAGCUAUCGUAUAUCCAGCCAUGUCGUACACGCCGACCUUCGUCUCGGAGUGCGCCGAGCCCUUCCUGGGACCGAGCCUGGCCCGGACCUGUCCAGGUUCCCAGUUCCUCCUCUUCAUGACCCUCCUGGACACCUUCAUUCGCGGCAAGCAGCCAAUCGCCCAGCUUUGCGAAAGGGUUGCCCCCGUCAAUCCCGCGGAAUUCUAUUACGACUUUAUCGUCAUAGGUGGUGGAUCGGCCGGUGCAGUGGUUGCAUCCAGAUUGAGUGACAUACCGGAGUGGAAAGUCUUACUCCUAGAGGCGGGUCCGGACGAACCGCCGGGUGCGGAUGUGCCCAGUAUGGUAGCCAUGUUUCUAGGGACUGAAAUCGACUGGCAGUACAGGACGAGCAACGAGAACAACGCUUGCCUCUCCACUUCCGGUUCCUGCAGCUGGCCCAGAGGGAAGAAUCUGGGGGGUUCCUCGGUGCACAACGGGAUGAUGUAUAUUCGGGGCCAUCCCAAGGACUACGACAACUGGGCCGCCCUUGGGAACACCGGAUGGUCCUGGCGAGAUGUGCUGCCCUACUUCAUGUGUUCCGAAGACAACAGCGAGAUCGGAAGAGUAGGGAACAGGUACCACUCGACAGGUGGACCGCUUACGGUGGAGAGAUUCCCUUGGCAGCCCGCUCUUGCAGCUGAUGUUCUCGCUGCAGCUGCAGAGAGGGGAUACGGCAUCUCGGAGGAUCUCAACGGAGAGAUGUUCACUGGGUUCACCGUUGCUCAAACCAAUAGCAGAGCCGGUGUCAGAGUCAGCAGUGCCACGGCGUUCCUCAGACCGGUGAGGAACCGACCGAAUCUCCACGUCGCCCUAAACGCCACCGCGACGAAGAUCAUGGUGCAGAACAUGAAAGCAGUCGGCGUUCAAUACGUUCAGGGUGGAGAAAUGAGGAUGGCCAGGGCGACGAAAGAAGUCGUUGUUUCCGGUGGAGCCGUCAACUCUGCCCAGCUCCUUUUGCUCUCGGGAAUCGGGCCCAAGGACCACCUCAGGGCAGUGAACGUCCCGUUGGUGAAGGAUCUCCCGGGAGUAGGUGAGAACCUACACAAUCACGUGUCCUACACGGUCUCCUGGACCAUCGAUCAGCCAAACGAGUACGACCUCAACUGGGCGGCCGCCAUGGAGUACGUCAACUUCCAGAGGGGACCGAUGGCAUCGACGGGAAUGUCCCAGGUGACCGGGAUCGUGCCCUCCAGGUUCACCACUCCUGACCACCCUGACAUUCAGAUAUUCUUCGGGGGGUAUCAAGCCGCCUGCGCAACUACCGGCGAAGUUGGUGCUCUUCAGGAUAACGGAAGACGAAGUAUCAGCGCCUCGCCGACCAAUCUUCAUCCUCGCAGCAAAGGCAGACUUCGUCUUAUGAGCAACGAUCCCAUGGCACCUCCGAUGAUCUGGGGCAACUAUCUGUCGGAUCCUCAGGACGUGGCCAUACUGGUGGAAGGGAUCCAGGUUGCCCUGUCUCUGUCCAACACUAGCGCCCUGGCCAAGUACAACAUGAUGCUCGGGAACGCUCCUCUGCCGGCUUGUGCCCAACUACCGUUUCUUAGUGUGGAAUACUGGAGCUGCGCCGUUCGCCAGGAUACAGGACCCGAGAACCAUCAAGCUGGCUCCUGCAAAAUGGGUCCUGCCAGCGACCCAAUGGCCGUGGUGGAUCCCGAACUACGAGUUCACGGAAUUCGAGGCCUCCGAGUAGCCGACACCUCGAUCAUGCCUCAGGUGACCUCAGGGAACACAGCGGCCCCGGCGAUGAUGAUCGGCGAGAGAGCUGCCGCGUUCAUCAAGCGCGACUGGGGAGCCGGUAGCACACAAUGUUUGCCCACGACCUUCUUUACCUGGCUGGACUUUCUGCUCUGGAGGAUUCGGUACCUCCUUUGGAAGUUAGGCGCAUGGUGAGGCACGCGGACCUCCCUAUGAAAGGAUCGUGAAUCCUAGCGAUCGAGGCAGAGGCUUCCUGCAGGAAUCACGAAUCUCGGAGCCAAGAGGAGAGGAUCGUUCGAGGUUCCGACCUCGAGAUCGGAGGCGUCCCUGUGUCUAGGACCAAGCCAAAGGGAGAAAACCAAAGAGAAGACCGGCACUCGGUGUCGGCCCCAAAGACGAGUCCCUAAGAAACAGCGAGGGGGUCAGGGAACCUACCGACGAGACAUUCCCGAACGUCAAUCAAAAUGAAGUUAAGGCUAUACGAAUAAGCGUAGAGCACCGGAGAACUCGGAGCACCUUGUGCCCCUGUGCGACGAGACCAAAGAUGUCACCGGCAAAGAUCGGUCAGAGCAUGGGCAAGCUCCGACCCCGAUCUUUCCUGGGAUUACCAAUCAAAAUGUAGCUAAAAUAUAUUCUGGUCUGUAGAAUAAAUCCGCGGGAAACUUU